UCUAUUUCUUCAUAACGCACCAGGUCCAUUCUCUGCCGUCACCCUCCCUCAACCAUCCUUCUAACCCUAUCGCCUCAAUACUCCUGCUUCACUGGCCUCUCCGAAAUUGCCAUAGCACCUAUCGCGUCCUCCUCAACCAUGUCCUCCACAUCUCCUACAGCAUCCUUCCGCCCUAAUCAAAGGUCAUCUCAGUCCUAUCAUCCCCAAAUUUCGACUUCCACAGCGUCAUCUACAGCUUCUCAAGCGUUCUCCGACCGUGCUCCCGUUUCUAUUGCCCGUCGCCCAUCACGCGCGACACAUCCGCCAAUGGCUCCUCCAAGGCCGCUGACUCAUGACGAAGCUCUCGAAGCACUCCGAGCUUUUCUGAAAGAACGCUCUAGCUAUGAUGUCUUCCCAGUCAGCUUCAGGCUGAUAGUUCUUGACACGCAACUAAAGGUGAAGAAGGCACUGGAUGUGAUGCUAUUGUACGGGGUAGUCUCUGCACCUUUAUGGAACACAUCGUCAGCUCAGUUUGCUGGGAUGUUUACGGUUCAAGAUGUCAUCCAUCUGAUCCAAUAUUAUUACCAUACUUCAAGUUGGGAAGGUGCCACAGCAGAUGUAGAGCAGUUCAGAUUGCAGAGUAUCAGAGACAUUGAGAAGGUCCUUCACGUUCCGCCGCCACCACUCCUCUAUGUACAUCCUCUACGCCCAUUAUAUGACGCCUGUCGGUAUCUUAUUCGCACGCAUGCUCGGCGUCUUCCGCUCAUUGACAAGGAUCCACAAACCAACGGGGAGGUUGUGAUCAGUGUCUUAACCCAGUACAGAGUACUGAAAUUCAUUGCCAUGAAUUGCCGAGAUAUUACACAAUACCUUACGGCUUCUGUCCAAGAACUCGGCAUCGGAACUUAUGUGUCGCCUAAUCCUGAUCCUUCAAACACCAAUAAGUUUUGGCCGAUAGCUGCGGCCACAAUGAAAACGACAGUGUUUGAUGUGGUGCAUAUGUUCUCGGAGCAGGGAAUCAGUGCUGUGCCAAUUGUCGAUGACCAGGGCAAAGUACUCAAUCUGUAUGAAACUGUAGAUGUGAUUACGCUGGUGCGGAAUGGCGCAUAUACUUCGCUUGAUUUGACCAUCGCACAAGCUCUGAAACAACGGGCUGUUGACUUUGCUGGUGUGGUCACUUGUUCGCCAAAAGAUUCCCUUAGCGCGAUAUUUAGUUUGAUCAAGAUUAGGCGAGUGCAUAGGUUGGUAGUCGUUGCAGGACAGGAUGACGAACAACCAGGAAGGCUGGUGGGUGUGAUCAGCUUGAGUGAUAUAAUGCGCGCAUUAAUCGGAAACGAUAUUCCUCUCGGAGGCGCUGGUGUGGGGGCCAUGGGUGUGGAUCGGGCGUUAAGAGAAGAAGGAGAAGAGGGCGUUUUUGCCAGGUCUGAAGGGAGCAAAAGUGCGGGCACGAGCACGGAGGGACAAAGUACAGAGUAGCAAUCCAAAUGACAAUGUGGGGUUACUUGUAGCAGUGUGUAGUAUAUGAUUUUAUCAUACUCCAAGUUUCGCUUUUUGCUACCGAGAUAAAGGUCGGUGCCGUAUACUACAUAGGCACUGGAACGCCUACUCAACUGCGGCAUACAUAAUGUGAUGGCCAACUAAUGUGGUAAUGUGGGUAGGACGAAGUGAUAAGAGCAUUCUGCUCGUAGCUGGCUCAUACAUAUGUCCAUGGACACUCUCAACUGCAUGACGCUUGUUGCC